CGAGUCAACGACGACAACACCGGUGAAAUUGUCAAAAACCAUAAGCAGCUGCUAGUGACAGUGAAUGGAUCAGACAAGAAGGCGAACAAAACUGACUGAAACGAAGGACUAAAAUGAACCAGCCCGACGAGAACGAACCAGAAACCGGGAAAAAUCAAAACGAUCGCUCCGAACUAACAGCAGAUAACAUUAUUAUUGAAAUUAUCCAAGAGAAUGAUAAACCCGACGAGGAACCACUGGAUAUUCCAGAAUUAGUGACCAUAAACAUUAAACGGGAGUGUUCUUCCAAUUCUGAUGUUGGUUUUAAUUCAAGCGAGUUACUGUGUGAAACGGACGAGAUUAAAGUAUACGAGAUACCUGGCACUGAUGAAGGAGAAUAUUUGAAUUUAAUAGACCAGGAUCCUAUUGACACAGAUCCUUCUCAAGACUUGCCCAACGAUGUGCUGGUCUAUUCCUGUCAAUCUGAGUCAAACGACGCCUUACACUGUUAUCCUUGUAAGUCCUGCUCCAUGGUAUCUGGCUGCAUCUUCUGCUUAAAAUCACAUUACGAAAGUGUCCAUUUGAAUCUUGGACUAAUUCAAUAUAAGUGUGACAAUACGACAUAUCUGAAGGAAUACACGGAGAUCUGUCAUAAGUGCAACUUGGUCUGUGAAAGCAAACAGGAGAUGAUUGAUCACAGAAAAAUACAUUUUGUAUCCUGUGACGUAUGUGACAUGUCUUUCGACAGUGCUCUAUUUCUGUCAAAUCACUGCAGAGCAACUCAUGAAAAGUUAGAGGACGUCGCUGAUCAUCAUUCUGCUUUUGAUUUUAUCAGCAGCGGCACGAAACAGGUUUGCAGAAUCAACACCAUACCACUUGCUCAGGUUUUUCAGCCAGGAAGUGCGUCUUCUUCCUGGACAUUUUCUUCCUUGGAUUUUGCCUUGCAUGGUAUUCUGCAAGAUACGGUUAUAAUUAGUUGCGAUCUCUGCGAGCAGUGGUUCAAGCACCUACAAGACCUUUCAGACCAUUACGAAGACUAUCAUGGAAUGAUUUUAUGCAUCGUGUGUUUUAAGCGAUUUUCCAAUAGAGACGAAUUAUUGGCUCACCAUGGUACACACAAAAUUGUGCUGACUGACGUGAUUCGGUCAGUUUUACCUUAUGCAUGUUCCAAGUGCAAUCAGGCCUUUGCCGAAAUCAGCGAAUUGUCCGCUCAUCUGGUGAAGUGUCAUCCUUGUCAUAAAACAACUUAUGCUGAUUUAACUAAAAAAAAACGGGAAGGAACCAAGGGGAAGCAUCAAAAAAAUAACCUCCAGUUUGAUGAUUGUGGUGGGCUCAGCCAGGAUCAGCAAGUAGAAUUUCAUCAAAAUGACUCUAAACGCUUGAAGAAAUCCUGAUUUUAACUUUGAAAUUAUAUACUGAAUCGUUUACAGGUCCAGCAAUGGAACUUUGAUUUCCGUUUCCUGAUUCCUUAAAUAAUUCAAUUUUAUUCGUGGACAAUGCAAAUAACGCGUGAUGAACUGUUCAGAUAAAUUGCUUGCUUGAUUUCA